GAAUUCUUCACAACAGACCUGGCCGGCAAGAUGCCUUCACCUUCCUCGGGCCUUCCUCUUGCCACGUGGCUAGAAGGUCUUCCAGUCUUGGCCGGGCAAAGCAUCUCUGGCCAGUGCAAGGAUUGUGGGCCCCUUCUCAGCAUCAAGAGAUUUACGGCUCCUGCGGCUUCAACGACCAGACUUCGGCAACCACAGCAUGAGGCAUCCAAAGCUGAGGAUCUCCCGCAGGAACGCGCCAGCCCAGAUCAGCUGCCGAGCAUCCGUGUUGAACCUCCCUCUCUGCAGCCUCCCUGGUGGUCAAACUUGUACUACGCCACUUUGCUGCUCACUGCCGGAGCUCUAUCUUUAGGUGCCGUGCAAGAGUGGCGUGGUGGCUCCGCCGGCUGCCAGAGCGACUCCCCAAUGAAUCACAAUCCAGACGAGGUGACUUCUGCCGUGGCCUAUGCUCCUGCAGGAG